AUGUUCCACCGGUCGAUCUUGUUCGUAGCUGUCAUUUUGGUGACUAUUUGGGCGACUGCUCAGGCACAAGAACCGGAUGCAUCAAGCAACGGCGCUGGACUAACGCUGGAGGAACAGGCAGCACAGUACAAGUCGACGGUACUGCUGGUGCUGGCGAACCGUGCCAACAGCCUGCCGGCGGAGAAUGCACUCGCGGUGGCGGCCGUACUAGAGGAGGCAAGCCAGCAGCUGGACGCGUGCGGUGCCGGCUUGGCAACGCACCAACAGGUCUGGCAGUACAAAAUGUGCGGAUCGGCCGUACUGCAGCAGGGACUGGCCGCACUGUCGGCGUUGCAGGCCGCCAGUGGAGCCGCCCCGAGCGGAACAUAUUAGAGAAUGGCUUGUGGAGC